CUUAAUGCUUUGCCCCAUGAUAUUUUAACAACACGGCCCAAACUUUAAUUCAAAACAGCUUUUCGAUCACCUUCUUUGACUGGGCCUAAAAAAUGGUUGCUUCUCAAUUUUUGGCGGCUUUUCGAAGAAUUUUUGUAGUCGAAAAUGGUUUACAUGUUGUAUUACGAAGAACACAUUCGUUGCCAAACGCUUUGCGCCCCAUUAAAUCGAAAUCAACUAGAAAAGAGCCAAUUUACUUCGUGGACUCAAAACAAGUACAUGUAAUCGGUGGAAAAGGCGGAGAUGGUUGCAUAUCUUUUUUACAACUUUGGUGUAAUGAACGUGCCGGUCCCGACGGUGGAGAUGGCGGAAAUGGUGGCCAUGUAAUUUUCCAAUCAACUACAGAUGCACACAAUUUUAAUCAUAUACUUAGCCAAAUAUGUGGUUUACCAGGAGAAAAUGGCCGGAGUGAGAAUUGUCAUGGGAAGAAUGCACAGCACACAGUUGUAAAAGUACCUAUCGGAACGGUAGUGCGGAAUAAAGAGGGUUGCGUAGUUGGAGAUUUAAGUGAAGUGAAUAUAAUGUUUGUUGCUGCGCGAGGAGGCGUCGGUGGAAAAGGAAAUCGAUUUUUUGCAACUUCGGUUAAAAAAACCCCGAAAAUUUGCGAGUACGGUCCAGAGGGCGAAGAUGCUACUUACGUUUUGGAAUUACGAACUAUGGCUGAUGUAGGUUUUAUUGGACAUCCCAAUGCAGGUAAAAGUUCAUUGCUUAACGCAAUUACACGAGCGAAGCCAAAAGUAGCUCCCUAUCCAUUUACAACGCUUCGUCCAUACAUUGGAAUGGUGCAAUAUGAUGACUUAACUCAAUUGGCAGUCGCUGAUUUACCAGGUUUAAUACCGAACUCGCACCUCAAUAAAGGACUGGGAAUACAGUUCCUUAAGCAUGCAGAACGUUGUAAGGUGUUGCUUAUUGUUCUGGACGCCAGUUUGGAUAAUCCUAUGCUACACUAUGAACAAUUAAUGUAUGAGCUAAAACAAUUUAACCCUAAUUUAGCAAAGCGCCCCAAAAUAGUUGUAGCGAAUAAAAUUGAUUUGCCAGAGGCCAGACAUAAUUAUGUAGAUCUUCAAAGCAAAUUCGAUGGUAAACUUAUUGCAGUUAGUGCAAAGACGGGAGAAAAUCUGUCUGAACUAUUAUCAAUCAUGCGGGAAUACUGCGAGCAACAUACAUAAAAGUAAAAACAUAAAGCAUAAAGAAAAAAUAUUUUAUUUAUUUUUGUUCAUAGACAUAUAUUUAUCAACUAAAAUUAA